AUGGGCAAUAAAAAUUCAUCCUCACAUUUAACAAAUCAUCGUUCGACUCAUCAGCAAAAAUCAGCUAAUUACAUAACAAACGACGACGUCGACGACGACGAUAGCAACAAUAAUAUUCCUGCGUCAUCAGAUCGAAAUCUCAAUAGUAAAAAGCAUGGUCCAUCACCUCGGUUUCGUCGACGCCAUGCACGACAAGUUCAUCUCGAUAAGAAAACAAAACGACCGCAAACGGUUUCGUCCUAUCUCAAUGUUAGUCUGCAGUCAAUUGGUGGUCAAACGCUUAGUUUAUUCUCUCGUAGUUUUAAUUUUCUUCAUCCAUCAUCGUCGUCAUCACCACCCAUUGAUGUUCUCGAAGCAACUCGUUCUAAAUUACCAUUAACCAAUGGUAAUCAUCGAGUGUAUCACCUCGGGACACAUUCAGGUGUCUAUAAAAAUCAAUCACGUCGCAAAUAUCAAACAUCCUCUUUACGAAAUCCAUAUCGACGUUCAAGUACAAACUUUCCUGUUCAUGGACAUGAAGCACUCUUCUUACCAGAAUUUUCUAUCAAAGGCAAAAUAACUGAAGCUGACUUCGAAGUAAUUGGUAUUAUAGCACGCGGUGCCUUCGGAAAUGUGAUACAAGUAUGUUCGAUACAUGACAAACAAAUCUAUGCAAUGAAAAUUAUGAGUAAAUCACAAAUUGUGAAAGAUAAUGCUGUUCAACAAGUCAAAGACGAAGUAACGAUCGCACAAUCAUGUCUUUCUUAUCCAUUUAUUGUUCAUACACAUUAUUAUUGGCAAUCUCGUCGUUAUUUAUAUAUAAUUACUGAUUACGUCGAAAAUGGUGAAUUAUUAUCUUUGUGGUUACGUAUACGUCGGUUUCCUCAAUUAAUUGUACAAAUCUUUAUCGCACAAGUAGCCAUGGUGCUUGACUAUUUACACACCAAAGGUAUCAUUUAUCGAGAUGUCAAAAUGGAAAACAUUCUCCUGGAUGAAAGUGGAAACAUCAAAAUCAUCGAUUUCGGUCUAUCCAAAUGGCUUCCUUUAGGUCAGCGAACAUCAACAAUAUGUGGAACAUUACAAUAUAUCGCACCUGAAGUACUUAGUGUUCGACCGUAUGACCAUCGUGUUGAUUGGUGGAGUUUAGGUAUUCUUAUGUAUGCCUGUCUUUUUGGUGAAUAUCCGGUGUCAGCAACCAAAGACCAUGUAACAAUGGCAAAUAAAGUAUUAAAUCAUACAUUUAAUCUGCCCUCAAUUGCCUUGGAAAAUAAAAUUCAAGUUAAAGAAUUGUUAUUACAUUUACUCGAGAAAGAUCCGAAUCAACGUCUAUGUUCUCUCGAUGAAUUACGUCAAUCGUCUUUUAUGGCUAAACUUGAUUUCAAUCGUGUUUACACCAAGUCAUAUUCUCCAUUGGAAAUCCUCAUGUAUAUGAAGUCCGAGUGGCGUCAUGAACUUCAAACGCAUUACAAUUACAAGCGUAAAGAUUUGAAAAACGGAAAACAUCCGUCAACAUCUUCCUCUCCUCGACAGAAAAUCCCUUGUCACACUUUCGACAAUCACGUUUUCCAGAGAUUUUCGGAGUGA